CUGUUUCUCUAUAAAAGCCCUGAAAGCCGAAGCAAGAGUACUGAAUUUGAAUUCGUCUUUUAAUGCGAGUAGACUUUGUUCAUCAUGGAGAAAUCUGUCGUGUCUAGUGGGGAUGAAGAUCCCACGUGUCGUUCCGUCAUGGAGGGCAUUGCCUCGAACACACAUCGAGUCUUGACAGAAGAAGAAGAGAACAGAUUGAAGAAACAAGAUGAGACUGUUGUAUCCGAAUUCAAGAGAUCGAAGCUAGAAGCCGAAGCUCAAAAGAAUUGGGACCUAUUUUACAAGAGGAAUGAUACGAGGUUUUUCCGGGAUCGUCAUUGGACUACUCGAGAGUUUGAGCUGUUGGUCGGAAUCGAUGGUGAUACCAAGAAAACUCUUCUAGAAAUCGGGUGUGGAGUCGGAAAUUUCCUGUUUCCGUUAUUGGAAGAAAAUGCUAACCUCUACAUUUACGGCUGCGACUUUUCCCCGAGGGCGGUUGAGUUCGUCAAGGGUGAUCUCAGAUUUAAUGAAGAGAGGAUGAAAGUUUUUGUCUGUGACAUUACAAAAGACAGAUUGGAGGAUAAUAUUCCGGAGUUGGUUGAUGUGGUGAGCCUCAUCUUCGUUCUUUCAGCCAUUCACCCAGACAAAUUCCAACAAGCUCUGCACUCAGCUUCUGCUAUUCUUAAGCCUGGUGGGGUCUUGGUAUUUCGAGACUAUGGUCUUUAUGAUAUGGCCCAACUUCGCUUUGGAAGGGGAAACAAGAUUGGGGACAAUUUUUAUGUUAGGCAGGAUGGUACAAGGUCGUAUUUCUUUUCUGUUGAGCGCCUAACAAACUUAGUGGCCGACGCCGGAUUUGACGUUUCCAGUUGCCAUUAUGUGAACAGGAGAACGGUAAACAAAAAGGAAGGCGUGGACGAACCGCGGGUCUUUGUUCAAGGGAAAUUCAUCAAGAGAUGAUGUUAGUGAAUUGACAGCUGCCUUUGCCUGGAUUUGCUCCAUCAUUGAAGGUGUGGCCAGAAGUUCGUCGUGGAGGUGAUUAUUUUACUCUUGGUCGUGUGCCAGAAACGUGCAAUUUUAUGAUGAUUAUUAUAAUCAUCUGAAACAAAGGAAGAUAUAAAUAAUUUGCCGAUCUGAGGCAUAUUAAUUGUUUUUCCAAUUGUUAGUUGCAUGACAUGGUAUUUAAUUUCGUCGUAUCCUUUCAUUUUUAGGAGCUGUUGUCUGCGGCAAUCAAACUGCCUCUGAAGGUAUUGGCUUUAGUUUAUUUUAAGUAACUUUGUUUUGUAAAUGAUGGAACCUAUAUUUGCUACUCUUGACUGUUUGAAUGACGACAGCCUUGACCACCAAUCACUUUCUGAGGCUGUUAAAUAUUGAUAACACAUUUUGUGUUUUUUCAAAGUUACUUAUAGAUUUUCUUGUUUGCAGGUGGAAUCCUUAUAUUGCCGAUUGUUGUGUCUAAAAUUUGUAAGAAAUAAUAAAUAAAAUGAAAUGACGA